AUGGCUUCUUCCGAGGGACCUAAACACUUACGCACUGGGCCAUUGUCCGACGACGAAGCCCGUUGGAUCAAGCUAGUCAAGAUCGACUACCAGGACCAGACCGGCAAGGCGCGCACCUGGGAGUCAGCCGAGCGUCGCCAGCGCCCCGCCACGAGCGCCAUUGACGGCGUCGGCAUCGUCGCCAUCCUCGACAACGCCGCCACCGGCGCCAAGGACAUUGUGCUGCAGCGCCAGUACCGCCCGCCCAUUGACCGCGUGUCGCUCGAGGUCCCCGCGGGCCUCGUCGACGCCGGCGAGACGCCCGAGCAGGCCGCCCUGCGCGAGCUGCGCGAGGAGACGGGCUACGUCGGCGUCGUCACCGAGACGUCGCCCGUCAUGUUCAACGACCCGGGCUUCUGCAACACCAACCUGCGCAUGGUGCACGUCUCCGUCGACGUCACCACGCCCGAGAACCAGAACCCGCAGCCCCAGCUCGAGGACGACGAGUUCAUCCAAGUCUUUACCCACCCGCUCAAGGACCUCUGGAACCUCUGCCAGAAGCUAGAGGCAGAGGGCGUGGCCAUUGACGCGCGCGUCGGGACGCUGGCCGAGGGCGUGCUCCUGGCGCAGCAGCUCAAGCUGUAA